GGAAAAUAAAGAGUUGAAAAAAAAAGCGCGGGUAAUUGUAGAAAAUUUGUAAAAAAUAAUAAAAAUAUGUUUAAAUUACAUAGUUUACCAAAUACCGAGCUGUCCGAUUAUUGUUUAAAUAUCUUGGAAAAACAUGGCAUUAUAUGGGUGCGUGAAUUUAUACACGAAAAACCUGAAAAACUUAUGAAAAUAUUAAAUUUAAAUCUGGAGCAAGUGUUAAAGAUAAAAAAAGAAUUUCGUGGCCUCUAUGGUCCUAAACGAAUUAUCGUUGAAGGUCCAGAAGAAGAAGAUGAAGACCACGAAUUACGUAUCUGUGACCCUAAGAAGAAAGUCUAUGGCUCACAUAUUAAUGCUUUGGACAAUAUGCUGGCUCCCAGUCUACUACUUAAUAAUUGUUCAUUUGGGAAAUCUGUGGUCCUACUGGUGUGGGCAAAACUCAAUUGGCUUUAACUUUAGUAUUAAAUUUUGUCAUAAAUCAGGUGGCUCCUGCUUUGUAUAUAGACACCAAAUUGGAUUUUUCCGCCAGUCGUAUAAAAGACAUGCUUAAGGCUCGAGAAAUCGACCAGAACUCUAU